UGCUCACUGGGUAAAGACUGUGAGGGUGAGUGCACUGGCUCUUCUAUUUGUGCAUUUAGGGCACUAUUUAAGAAUCUGAUACAAAAUGUCGCUGUUCAAUGGAGCUUAUGGAAGAAUAUUCUAUAACACAACAUUUCAAAUGCAACGUCAUGUUGAUUUAAUGUGAAUUUGUGUAACACUAUAGUGUUAUAUCUAUAGUAAUAACCACUAUUGUACUUCAAUGUUUCCUAAUAUUCCUCCUGGUCUUCCUCAGAUGAAGCUGUCAGUCUUGGUGGUCAUUUCCCUGCUGCACCUGGGGCUGUGCUGUGCCCAGGAUGCAGGCUCUCCUCCAGGCAGCCUCCAGGACAUAUUGAGGAAGAGCUCACUGAGACAGAAGGGUAAAUUAGCCUACAUUUGUGUACUUCUCUAAUUUGAUACACCCCUUUUAUUCAAUCAAUCCCAGCGUUCGAUCUCUUAGAAAGGAAAACAGAAAACAUUCAGAAAGUCAUUCAAUGUCAGUUGUUUCAACACAACAGUAAUGGGUGCAUAUUGUGACAGUGCCCGUGUCCGAAUACCCAUACUAGCGUACUACAUACUUAAACUGCAUACUAUGUACUCAACUACUAUUUAGAAUGUACCGUUUAGUAAAAAGUAUGCAGUAUGACAUGGCCGCAAUGCAGUAAUGGCUCCUGACUGGCUGAGUAGGUGGGGUGGGGCGGGGCCAUGUGCGGGUGGAUUUCUCCAAAUUUAACAGACAUGCAUUGCAUUAACCAGCCUGAUAAUAGCUCAUUUCCAAUUUGAUUAAUUUCUCUAACUAUGAAUAGAAUAGGAAUGGCGUUAUUGGCCUACUCAGGCUGGUAUAUAGGCAGACUAUCGCAUUCGACCUAUAACAUAGCCUACAUAGCCCAUCUAUCCUAUUUAAAAGGACUGCAGACAGAAACAGAUAAUUUGGUUCCAUUUCAACAUAUUUAUUAGUGAAACCAAAGUGUGUAACAUAUAGGAGCCAAGUCAUUGUGCAACAGACGUCUUCAGAGCGCGCAACAGUGUACUGUCUACACGCGGUUUGUUGUUUUUAUGUAAUAGUUUUCAUUAAAUCGUUUUUAAUCAUAGCUAAAGUUUGUAUUGCUACUGGUUCCGCGACCCGGUCAGCCUUUAUGUCUGGGACCGCAAGUUUGUUUCCCGGAUUCCUGUUAAGUAGCAGUUAGCUGCUAGCCAUCAUGAAAAUUGAGCAGGCUAAUGCUAGCAGUGCUAGCCCACCAGUGUUUUUAUCCAUGGCUGAGCACAAAUGCUUCACGUGUGAGAUGAUUUCCACACAAUCACAAGAUGAAGAGAAGGUGGAACUGGAAAAUGGACAGGGAUUUGUCUGCCCUAAAUGCACCACCAUCAAGCAUCUUAGGGAAGAGAUCCUCCGGCUGUUAGCUCGGUUGUGAGAAAAAGGAAAACCUGCUUUCUAAGUACACCGACCUUGCUGUAACCAAAGGCAAACCAAAUAUCCGUUUUAAAUGCCUCCUAUAGCAAAGCUGUUGAUGAGUCGGGUGGCGUUGAUCUGUCCUAAUCCAACGGACAAAUGUUAAGCUUAACUCCGUGGCCCAUGGGAGACUGGACACUCACAAGGCCUAGGAGAUCAGGGAGGCAGUCUGGCCACCCAUCUAUCCGAGAAGAUCUGAUCUGAAAGGGUGGGGGGGGACAGACUCUAUUUUUACUAAUGCUCUCAGCUGUAAGGACAUUUCAUUUGGCAACUUUGGGUCUUUUGAGCAUCAUGCUAUACUGUUUAAAUGUGAGCCACCAGUGCUGGCCAUAACCCUGCAUAGGCCACCAAAGCACUGCUCCACUUUCCUUACUGAUUUCUGAACUAUUGUCUAUUGUCCUUGAGAACUAUGAUAAAAUCAUUGUGUUAGGCGAUUUUAAUAUUCAUGUUGACAAAGAGACUGACUCCAAGGCCAUUGCAUUUAUGAAUAUUUUGAGCUCCAUGGACUUUAUCCAACAUGAUACAAGGCCCACCCAUAACCGCGGCCAUACUCUGGACCUGGUUAUUACCAAUUGACAUAUCCUCUAUUGUUGCUGUUGCUUUAUCCGUUCACCACUGUGUAUUUUUUACUACCUUUUUGCCCAUAGCACAGGGUAAUACUGAAAGCAUAAUUAAGAAACACUAUCUUACCUCUGAAGUUGCUACAGAUUUGAUUGAGUGUAUGAACAAUACUCCAUCACCUAUUCUGCCUUCCUCUUGUGAUGAUUUAGUUGAUAACUUUAAUCGCAAAUUAAGGGCAACCAUUGAUGCCAUAGCUCCAGUAAAGUUGAAAAAGGCCACAUCCAAACAGAGAGCCCCUUAGAUGAGUGAAGAAACUAAUAAAUCAAAGAGAAAUUGCAGAAAGGCAGAGCGGAAGUGGAGAAAGUCAAAGUUGCAGUUCCAUUAUGAUAUUCUGAGAGAGCUACUUGGCAUAUAUAACAAGGCAAUUAGAAAUGCCAGACGGGCUAAUUUUUCUAACUUGAUCACUAAUAAUCAGAAUAAUUCGAGAGUGCUCUUCUCGACCAUUGAUGGCCUGACAAAUUCAACCCCCACAACCUACAUGAACUUUCCUCCACAUCAAAAUGUGAUUAGUUUGUGGCAUAUUUCAGAGAUAAGAUAACAAACAUUAGGCUGGGUAUCAGUCAAGCAAGACCUGAUGAGAAGUUUGAUAAUAUGUGCCCUAGCCUACCACGCAAAGGCAUUAUGGAUUUAUUUUCCCUGGUUGACACAUGGCUGCCUGUGAGUUUUAGAAAUAAUUUUAAGAUUCUUCUAUUGGUUUUUAAAUCAAUCCACGACUGUGCACCUCAAUACAUGUCAGACAUGCUUUUAAGUUAUGUACCCAGUAGGCCCCUCAGGUCCUCUGGCCUUUUAACUAUCCCAAAGCCUAGGACCAAGAGGCCUGGAGAGGCAGCCUUUAGUUACUAUGCCAUGCCCCCAGCCUCUGGAAUAGCCUGCCAGAGAACCCUAGGGGGGCUGAAACUGUGGACAUAAUUAAAAGAGAUCUUAAAAAACACUUUUUUAGCUUUGCUUUUCCUUAGGGUGCUUUUUAGUUGUUCAGUUUUCAUUGUUUUUAUUUGUUUUUUCCUGUGAAGCACACUAUGUUGCAUUCCAUGUCUGAAAUGUGCUGUAUAAAUAAAGUUAGGUUUGGUUUGAUAAAUUAAAUCAAAUAACCUAGUACACACACCAAAACGUUUCAAAUGUUGAAAUCAAAAGGCUAUUGCACAGAAAAACGUGGACAGCCGGGUGCAUCGCAAAUUCAGAACUGCUGGACAGCAACAUAAUAAACUAAAGCCCUGAUCAUUGGGAACGAGAUCAGAAUGACUGCUAAUGUUUGAUCCAUAAAUGAAAUUAGGUAGCCUACAAACUAAAACAAUCCAUAUGUUCAAAUCAAAAGGCCUGAUUAACAUGACAUCAAUAACGCAGCCACAUCCCGAGUCCCUGGUGCUGACACAUUCAGAAAUCAAAAGGUGGUUUAGUAUUUAGUUUACAUUUACAUUUACAUUUUAGUCAUUUAGCAGACGCUCUUAUCCAGAGCGACUUAAAGUUUUAGUGAGUGCAUACAUUUUUCAUACUAGUUUAAAAGCCCUGACGAAGGCCAAGAGAACAAGAAACACUUUUCAAUGAGAAAACAGGAAUCCACUUUUAAAAAAUAAAAAAAAUAAAAAAGACUUCUGUUUUCAAAGAUGUAGCCUAUGAUGUAAUACUCGUGAUCAUAUUAAGGAGAACAAAAACUACUUGUCCUACAUUUGAACACCACCGCAGAAGCUUCGCUAUUUGGCAUCUUCCCAAUGAAGUAGCUUAAUUAUGUUGUUUGGCUACUUUAAGAGAACUAGGGUCUAUCACUCGCAGCCCACCUCUUCCAAUGCAUUGUGGAAAAGUGUGCAUCGAAUUCUACUAGAUGAAGAGCUGAAAUGAGUAGGCAUUUAAACUAUACUCGAUUUUCAAAAAUUCACAUACUAUAAAAUAUUAUAUUUUCACAUACUGAAAAUGUGUCAUGUGCGAGUGCGUUGUUUCUCGAUAUUCAUUGAUUUCGGUAGCGCAUCCCCAUAUCUAAUUGAUCAAAGCCGAAAUGAGUAUGACAUGCAGGCAUUUAAAGUAUACUCGAUUUUCAAAAUGUCGCAUACUAUUAAACAAAAAUGGCCUACUAUUUAGGACUAAAGUAUUGGUAUUCGGACAUGUCCAGUGUAUUCUUUGUCUUCUAGUGUCCCUGUUGAACCCAGUGCUGGAAGGAAGGGUCCCCCCACUGUCCAGUAAUGGUCCAGUCCAGGGCCCACUGAACCCUCCUGAGUUUAAGGACCAACAGAAACCUGCUCCAUUCAUGUUCGGGGACAAUGUCAACCUGCAGUGGCUGGGCUGGAAUGGUUCUCUCCCAACUGCAGCUGUGGGCAUCUACAACGGCUACACCAAACGCACCGACUACAUCUGCAAAUACAUCUGCGAAGCCGGCUUCUACACUCCUAGCAAGGGCCCAUACUGCCAAUACCCCUACGGUGAGAGAGAGUACUACGCCCCAGAGUUCGAGAUCCUGACCAACAGAGACAACUUUGAGUUUGUGGAAUGGAAGGAGGACUCGCAUGGCUCGGUGCCCGAACACUCAGUUAGAACAUGCUCUGGAGUGGGCAUCUAUGCUGGGAAGAACAAGUAUGGCUUGGGGAAGGUGGUCCCUCAGUUCAAAGCCUUCUUCCUGCCCUGGGAGGGUGAUGAGUACUGGUACAAGAGCUACCAGGUCCUGGCCAUCAACAGAGACGCCUACACCCAGCACAUCUCCCAUGUCAAGUAUGGCAUUGAUGAGGUGGAAAUGUUCCACUACCCCCCUGAGACCAUGCGCCUCUCUGGCGUAACCAACAACGAGUGCCAGACGGUAGUGAAGACGGUGACCAUCUCCAAGACCUCAGAGGUGGAGAGCACCUGGAACAUCGGACGCACCACCAUGCUGGGCAUCACUGCCGGCAUCACAGCCAAGAUCCCCCUAAUCGGCUCUGCAGGGGUUGAGUUCAGUGGGGAGAAGACCCUGCAGUUCAACAGGGGCACCACCAUGGUGGAGGCCCUCAGCCACUCUGUGUCUGUGGAGCUCAAGGUGCCACCCAACCACUCCUGUACCGUGCGCAUGGAGGGCCGCAAGAUCACCGCAGACAUCCCCUUCACAGCCAGACUGAGCCGUACAUACCGCAACGGAGAGACCCAGUGGACCUCCAUCUCUGGGGUGUACGAUGGCAUUCAGAUCGGCGAGAUCCGGGCCGUGGUGGACCGCUGUGAGCCUGUCGUAGAUGCCAAACCCUGUCCUUAA